GAGGAAUGCAGGAACGUGACAGAAAACGGUAAACGCCCUCGGAUGUGCACCCCCUCUAAGCAAGAAUUCGUCGGCAACGAGUCCAAAAACACUGCCUUGCCUUACUUCUGGUACUACGACCCGCUUAUACUCAGUUACCUGCGCAUGUACGCCUCGUCGCUGGCAUCCGGUCAAGUGGCAGCGGCCGUGCGGCCAUGUUUUCAGCCGCUGAGCGACGCCGCUAAGCGCGACGGUAUCGACGCUGUCGCGCGGUCCAGUGGUCUUAGCGGCUUCCAGCAGAAUCCGUUCUACUUCCCUCUUGCCAAGGAGAAGUUACCAAGGAUAUCAAACCAGACACCAAAUCCAGGGGAUGUUAAGCCUUUGUCAGAGAAUGCGCCGAAGUUCGACGAUCAGUCAGCGCCGUUCUUCGUCGACGGUGACCAACCCGUUGAACAUAUAAGUGAACAAGCGUUGAACAAACUGUUGACCAGGUACGUCUCGGAUCCUUUGGGCAUCAGCGUUAUCCGCAGUCGUUUUGUGGAGUACGCGCAACUCAUGGAACAAAGACUCGGUUCGAUGAUGACUCAGAACCGACUCCUGCAACAGGAAAUCGCCUGUUUGCGCAACAAGCAGACGGUGUCCAUUCCGAAUUGUUCGUCUGUGCGGUCGUGCGUCACGAAGUCGUGCUCGUGA